CACCCGCCGGGCAGCCCCGCGAGGUCCCCGAGAGUGGUGGUUGCCAUGGAGACGGGCGGCGCAUCCCGCAAGAACACAGAGACUAAACAAAUGGAAAAAAUCACUCAUGUGGAAGCUCUGAUGUUUGGUGCUGUGCUGGAGAGCUGUGUGGAUCAGCUUACAAUUAUUGGAUACAUCAUGCCAGUUCCACCUUCGGACAAGGCAGACAUCAACCUUGAAAUGAAAGCAGUGAUCCAGGAGGAGCUGGGUAUCAACUUCCCAGAGCUUAUGUCAGAAAAGCAAGAGAGUGGGCAAACAGUCCUGGAAAACACCGAACAAGAGCAGCAGCAGGGGAAAACUGAAGAUCACAAAAGAUCUUCCAAAACCCCCAAGAAACACAUCACUCGGGCUCUAGAGAAGCUCAAAAAAAUUUAUGCUGACAGGCAGUAUGCAAGUGAUGUAAUCACAGUCACUAUUAAAAAGAUGGAGGAAUUGGGAACAUUUAGUAGCCUAACAGAUGCUAAUGAGAGAGAGAAGGCAAGAAAGGGCAAGUUUUAUGACAUCCUCAUCAGGGAGGAAAAAGGAAAGAAGGACAUAAAGGCACUCCAGAAACAGCUGCAAGAAGUCAAGAAACAAACUAGUCAAGACCUUCAGAGCCGAGAAAAAGUUAUUGAUGGCCUUAAAGAUAAGCUUCAAGAGAUCACUGCCAAAGUGGACACAGAGAGCAACUACCUGAAGAAAAACUCAGAUCUCCAGAUCCAGCUAACCCAGAAAAAGUGCAGCAGUGCAGAGAAUGCCCUGGAGAAGGAAAUCCAGAAUUUGAAGAGCAAAAUUGAUGAGGAGAUUCAGCUUCACACAGAGACUGAAGAUUUCCUCAUGCAAGAGUAUCUGAAGGUGAAAGAGAGGCUGGAAUACUGGAUAGACAAGUAUGAAAAAGACACUGCUGCAAAAGAUGAAGAAUUGGAUGAUCUAAGAGCAUUGAAGGCCGAGAACUUGGAAACAAUGCAGAGAUUUGCCAAGGAGUGCCUGACAUUCCAGACAACCAUCAUCAUUGACCGGACAGACAAGGAGACCAAGAAGAAACAAAGAGAGCGGGAAGCCCUGGAGCUGAGGAGUGCUGUGAAGGUGCAGGCCUGGUGGAAAGGUACAAUGGUCCGCAGAUUCCUCGGCCCCUACCAGAAGCUUGAGAAGUAUUUGAAGGGAAUAGGAGAGGAAACAGGCAAGGAAAAAUCUGGAGCAAAGAAGAAAAAAGCUAAGUAAAGAAAGUGGCCACAGAUGUGCUCCAGAACUGCUGCUGGGCAGGGCACUGUGGUAUGUCUGACAGGACAAAAUAAACCAUGUAACAGAGCUUAGGCAAUGUUGGAGAAUGCAGUUCCUGCAGACACACUUAUGGUGAAGCUGCACUGAAGAUCUUAAAGCUGCCCUUGUUCAGCCUUUUUUCCCCAGCAGAAAGGGGAUUUGCAUCAAAGCAGUGAGAAACACUAUCCCCUGCAAAGAGCUUUAUGGAAACAAGACACUGGGAGGCAAUCUGUUACCAGCCCAGUAACUCAGCAGUGUGGGAUGCUCUGCACCCAGAACCUCCUCUGCUGCCCCCACAGCUCUGGCUGUGGCUCUGUGUUAGGUGGGGAGGCUGAAGCAGCCCCAGUGGGCUCUCUCUGUGCUCUCCAUGCCUCCAGUGCUGGCAUCAGGUCAGCAGGGAGAACAUGGGCAAGUCUGCAGUGUAAACACAAGUGCAGUCAGAGCAUGCAGGUUUCCAUUGCCACAGUCCUGCACAGUGUCAGUGCACAGACAGAACAGCUCCAUGUACUUUCUGACCAAGGGAAAAACAAGGAGCUCUGGAGAUAUGAGCAAAGGAUUCUGUACAAAAUCAGUCUCUGGGAAGGCUAAAAAUACCUAAGAAAAACCUUCUGAUGUGGCUGCAAAAUAUGUGUAAAAAUACUGUGAUUUUCCUGUCCUGGUUAACGAUUAAAAGUAGAAAAUCAAAGCA